AUGGCAGCUGGAAGUAUCAUAGACUUUCGUCAUCAGGCUAGAGGCUCUAAACUUCAAAUAGAUACUGCUCAAGACGGAGCAAUAGCCUCUGUAAAAUAUGGUCAGACGAGUCUGAAUAAUAAGCUAGGCACACUUACUGUAACCCCACAUGGAAGUCUAAACUCAUCACGUGGGGUGAUAUCCGAAAUAGAUCUGAUGUCAGAAGACGAAUCAGAUAUCCAAAUUGGUUUGUCAGACCAAGGUGUCACUGCAGUCCGACGCAUUUCCAUUCGUCGAGAUGGCAAGUUGAUACCAACAAAACACCUUAUAUUGACAUUUAACAAACCAACCUUGCCAUCUUCUGUUACGGCAGGAUAUCUCCGUUGCCCACUACGCCCAUACAUUCCAAACCCGCUGCGUUGCUUUAGAUGUCAGCGGUUUGGACACUCACAGACAUCAUGUAGAGGAAAAAAAGCAUGCGCACAGUGUGGAAAUGAAGAUCACGAGAGUACUGAAUGUAAAAGUACCCCAUGCUGUGUAAACUGCAAAGAGGCCCAUCCUGCCUACUCUCGGAAAUGUCCCACGUGGCAAAAAGAGAAAGAGAUUCAGCGGGUAAAGACGGUGAAUAAUAUACCUUACCCAGAUGCACGACGCAUGGUCACUUCAAAUGCACCAGUGAAACAGAAGACAUUUGCUGCUGCUCUGAAAUCCACAAAGACAUGUGGAGUUCAGACAGACAUUUCUGUUUCACCAAAUGAAUCUUUAACUCGCCACGAAAAAUGUUUGCUUAUACCAACUACCCAAACUGCAGAAAAGGAGAGCAAGAAGACCAAAACACCCCUACCUAAAACAGGGGUAAUAACUAGAAACGUGGGUUCGAAGAAGGCUGCUAAGAACCCGCUCAAUAAACAAAAAUUAAAAGCAGCCAUCUCCAAAUCUAAGAGAUCAGAGGCUCAGUCUAUGAGUGAGUUCUCUGACUUUUCUGAGGAAAAGACUAAUAAGGAAGUGACACCACCAACUUCACCUCCGAAAGGCAAAUCAGCCGUAAAACUGAAGAGGGAUACCUUCACAAAGAAUGCUGCCUCAAACACAUAAUGGGUUAUAAAAUAAUCCAAUGGAACUGUCGUGGUUUCCGCAACAACUUCUCUGACAUUAAACACUUGACAUCAUCUACCUCAUCUCUCUGCGUGGCACUCCAGGAAACCCAUCUGAAACCUG